AACAAACUAUCAACUCCAGGAAGCUGGAAGUUCCCAGCGGCUGCGUUUUAAACUACUAACUUUAAAGUUUGAAUUCCCGAGUUUAGACAAGAAACCGAGCGGGCGAGAGGAAUUAAUCAUAAACAUUAUACUUUAAAGAAGCUGUCUUUGUCGAUCAACUUUUUCUUUUAAGCCUAACGCGCGCGGACAAGCAGGAUUUAAAGUCGCCACACACAUCACUGUAAGAUGUUGGCCUCGAGUCUUUUGGGCAACUUCUGUCCCGAGCACCACGACGAGCACGCGCACAAGGUGGACAAAUACCUGCACCAUUUUCAGCUGUCAGAUAAGACGUUAAUGGAUUUGUCGAUAAGAUUUCGACGAGAGAUGGACAAAGGCCUGUGCAGAGACACCAACCCCACAGCUGCUGUCAAGAUGCUGCCCACGUUUGUGCGCUCCACUCCUGAUGGAACAGAGCAAGGUGAAUUCCUGGCACUCGAUCUUGGCGGAUCCAACUUCCGGGUGCUCCUGGUCAAAGUCAUGGCGAAUGGCAAGCAAGAGGUGGAGAUGGAAAAUCAGAUUUAUGAAAUUCCUGAACACCUAAUGCGAGGCAGCGGGUCAGAGCUAUUUGACCACAUAGCUGAUUGCCUGGCUAAUUUCAUGGAGAAGUUGGGCAUAAAGGAUAAAAAGCUUCCUCUGGGUUUCACCUUCUCUUUCCCCUGCCAGCAGACCAAGUUGGAUGAGUGUGUUUUGGUGCAUUGGACCAAAUGCUUCAAGGCAAACGGAGUAGAGGGAAAGGAUGUGGUCAGCCUUCUGAGGAAAUCCAUCAAAAAAAGAGGGAUCUUUUUGCAGGACUUUGACGUUGACAUUUUGGCAGUAAUCAACGACACAGUGGGAACCAUGAUGACCUGUGGCUACGAUGAUCAUCACUGUGAAAUUGGUCUCAUUGUGGGAACGGGGACCAAUGCCUGCUACAUGGAGCAGAUGAGGAACCUUGACCUGCUGGACGGUGAUGAGGGCCGGAUGUGUGUGAACACAGAGUGGGGCGCUUUUGGAGACGACGGUUCCCUGGAGGACCUGCGCACCGACAUAGACCGAGAAAUAGAUGCAGGCUCUCUGAACCCGGGCAAGCAGCUGUUUGAGAAGAUGAUCAGUGGCCUGUACAUGGGGGAGCUGGUGCGUCUCAUCCUGUUGAGAAUGACCAAAGAGCAGCUGCUGUUCCAGGGCAAGACUACAGCCGAGCUCCUCACCACUGGAAGCUUCAACACCAGCGACAUCUAUGCCAUCGAGAAUGACAAGGAUGAGGAAGGUCUGGCGAGCGCAGAGAAAGUGCUCCGGGGCCUUGGUCUGGACCCGUCGGCCGAGGACUGCCUAGCCACUCAGAGGGUGUGUCAGAUAGUGUCUACACGAGCCGCACACUUGUGUGCUGCCACUCUAGUGGCGGUUCUGCGGCAGAUCCGGGACAACAAAGCAGCAGAGAAGCUGCGUACCACUAUUGGAGUGGACGGCUCUGUCUACAAAAAUCAUCCAGAGUUUUCCAGGAGGCUCCACAAGAUGGUACGCCGACUUGUGCCGGACUGCGAUGUGCGUUUUUUACAGUCGCAGUGUGGCAGUGGGAAAGGCGCAGCCAUGGUAACAGCAGUAGCAUACCGCCUUGCUGCUCAACAUGCUGAGCGUCAGCGCAUCCUGAACACCUUGCGUUUGAGCCGUGAAAAGUUGCUGGAGGUGAAGACGCGAAUGAGUGAGGAAAUGAUGCGAGGCCUGUCAAAGCAAACCCAUGAGCAGGCGAGUCUCAAGAUGCUUCCCACCUUUGUAAGAGCCACACCAGAUGGAACAGAGCAUGGCGACUUCUUAGCCUUGGACCUUGGGGGCUCCAGCUUCCGGGUGCUGCUGGUGCGAGUUAAAAGUGGGAAGGGACACAAUGUGGACAUGCAUCACAAGAUAUACACUAUCCCACAGGAGACUAUGCAGGGCACAGGGGAAGAGCUUUUCAGCCACAUUGUGUACUGCAUCGCCGACUUUCUGGAGUACAUGGGCAUGAAAGGAGCAUCCUUACCUAUGGGAUUUACAUUCUCCUUCCCCUGUCAUCAAAGCAAACUGGAUCAGGGCAUUCUUCUGAAUUGGACAAAGGGCUUCAAAGCCAGUGGCUGUGAGGGACAAGAUGUCAUUUUACUACUUAAAGAGGCUGUCCGCCGCAGACAGGAAUUUGACUUAAACUUUGUGGCCGUGGUUAACGACACAGUCGGAACCAUGAUGACCUGCAGCUAUGAAGACCCCGAAUGUGAGGUGGGACUCAUCGUUGGCACAGGGACUAAUGCGUGCUUCAUGGAGGAAAUGCAGAACAUCGAACUGGUCGAGGGGGAUGAAGGCCGGAUGUGUGUCAACAUGGAGUGGGGAGCAUUUGGUGACAAUGGCGAACUUGAUGACUUCUGCACCGAGUUUGAUCGCAUUGUCGAUAAUUGCUCUAACAAUCCUGGGAAACAGAGGUAUGAGAAGAUGAUCAGUGGCAUGUACCUGGGGGAGAUAGUGAGGAAUGUGCUGAUAGACUUCACUGAUAAGGGCUUGCUGUUCAGAGGCACACUGUCUGAGCGACUCAAGACCCGGGGCAUCUUCGAGACCAAGUUCCUGUCACAGAUUGAAAGUGACCGCCUGGCCAUGCGACAGGUCCGCUCCAUCCUGCAGCACCUGGGCCUCACCAGCUCCACGUGUGACGACAGCGUGCUGGUGAAGGAGGUGUGCAGUGUGGUCGCACGCCGCGCCGCUCAGCUCUGCGGAGCUGGUUUAGCCGCCGUGGUCGACAAGAUACGAGAGAACCGCAACCUCAAUCAACUUUCCAUCACCGUGGGAGUGGACGGCACCCUCUACAAGACGCACCCUCACUUCUCCAGCAUCAUGCAAGAGACGUUGCAAGAUUUAGCACCACAGUGCCAGGUGACUUUCCACAAGUCAGAGGAUGGAAGUGGGAAGGGAGCAGCGCUGAUCACAGCUGUGGCCUAUAGGAUGAAGAGUGAAGGUCAGCAAUGAAUCAUCUGAACUGCGUUGGACAGGUAGAACCAGAGCUACUCCUUCUGAGGUUAACAAAAUAACGUUACAAACAUCUUGGCCUGAGUUUAGAUCUUUAGUACUGAAAUGUUUAAUCUGACUUGUUUUGUGUGUGUGUUCACAUACACAUAUGUCGGUGUUAGCUUUUUGUUUGUUUGCAGAAUAAAUAUUUAUUGUGUUAGCUGAUGGGACGGUGAAGAAUAAUUUCAUAAAUUACGGUUUAGCUUGUUUGUUAGAGAAGAUGCACCUGCUGUGAAAUAUGACUGUUACGAGCUGUGGAGCUCUUCUUCUUUUUUUUCUUUUUUUUACACUCCCUCCUUUUUAUUUGCAACUUCAAAGCUGCAGGUUUCCACCCAGCUGACUUCAUAUUUUUUAAUAAUGUCUGCCAUCUGUGUUGACUAUAAACCUCUACAGAAGUUAAGUUUGGAAAUGUUUAUUUAUACAGCAACUUUUCAAGAUUUGAAGUCACAAAGUACCUCAAAAUAAAAGUCAAAAGCAUAUCUUGAAAUAAAGGAAACUGGAAGGACAUUGUUGAUAGUUGCGGUACAACAGAACCGAGAAUCGCUUCUGCUGGAAAAACAAUCACAACUUCACUUCGGAUCUACAAAAUGAACCCUGUCUGCAUGAUUCUUGUAUUUGGAAUACUUUGUUAUAUAAUGCUUUUUCUUAUUUGGGCUCUGUAGUUUCACAUCAAUUUUAAGAAUGAUUAAACACAAUAUUUAAAUUAAAAUACUUUUUAAUGCAGUUGUAAACUUUUACUUUAUCAUUGAUAUCAAAUGUUGUCCUCAUACAAGUAUAAACAUUUUAAAAAGGUCAUAAAAAUGAAAUGUGUUACUCUCCAUCUCUUCACUCUGAAUAAAGCAUCUUCCAUCAA